UAAAGACAAAACUUUUGAAAAAGUUGAGUUAAAGCGAGAAAAGUGUGAGACAGGCAAACGGUGCGAGAAAAAAACACAGAGAGAGAGAGAGAGAGAGAGAGAAACAGAGUGCUAGAACAGGAUAUUUUGUCACUAUGGUUACUGGCAGGCGAUACUGAUCUUGAUUAGUUUGUCUUGUUAUUUUCACUCAGGUCAGUGUGACAGUACCGCGCUCAGGGCAGCUGUGAUAACUUUCCGCCAAAAAUUUUAACGUUGGUUGAAUAAAUGGGACUUCAAGUCUGAUGAGCAGCACGUUCCAUCUGUGAGAUACUCAAUAAAACUAAGAUGGGUUCUGCCACCCCAACCACAACCUUCAACAGUACCUCUAACUGUACUACCCUGUAUGCUCAUCGGGAGUAUGCCAAAAUCCUCAUGCCUCUUUUCUACAGUGUUGUGUUCUUCGUGGGGCUGUUUGGUAACUGCCUGGCCCUCCAUGUAAUCCGUCCCAAUCUGAAGAAGAUAAACUCCACUACAUUGUACUCUCUCAACCUGGUCAUGUCCGACAUCCUCUUCACCCUCUCUCUGCCUUUGAGGAUCAUCUACUAUGCUUUGGGUUUCCACUGGCCACUAGGAGAAGCUCUGUGCAAGAUCUCAGGCCUUAUCUUCUAUAUCAACACCUAUGCGGGAGUCAACUUCAUGACCUGUCUCAGUGUGGACCGCUUCAUCGCCGUGGUCUUGCCUCUGCGUUUUGCCCGGCUCAGGAAAGUCAGUAACGUGCGCUACAUUUGUGUUGGCGUGUGGCUGCUGGUCCUGGGUCAGACACUCCCACUGCUUAACAUGAACAUGUGCCACAAUGAACCUGAUGGCUACAUCACCUGCAUGGAAUACCCCAACCUUGAUAAAGUUCCACAUAUUGCCACUAUACUGAUUGGUGCUGUUGGCAUGGGUUAUGUUUUCCCUGUUAUCACCAUCCUGGUGUGUUAUUCUGUCUUAUGCUCCAAGCUUCACUUAACAGCCAAGAACAACCAUUUAACGGAAAAGUCCGGCAGGAGCCGCAAGGCCAUCGGAGUGAUCUGCUGCGUGUCCGUGGUGUUUAUCGUGUGCUUCAGCCCCUACCACAUUGACCUCCUGCAGUACAUGAUCCGCAAGCUGGUGUCGGAACCCGACUGCAGUCAGCUCACAGCCUUUCAGGUGUCACUGCAUAUCACCGUGUGUCUGAUGAACCUCAACUCAUGCUUGGACCCGUUUAUCUAUUUCUUUGCCUGUAAAGGCUACAAAAGAAAACUCCUGAAAAUCCUGAAGAUGCACGUUAGCAUGUCUUUCUCCAGCGCAGUGAGAGUGUCUCCUGAAGGUUCUUCCAAGGACUUCCUCGACGGUAACAAGAUCCAACUAAACAGCUCAGUUACGGGAACAGUCACAGAACGAAGAUCCCACUAUCACGACUUAUCUAAAGAAUGAAGGGACAAAGAGCUGCACAGAAUAAGAGGAACCUUUUAGUUUUGUUUCGUUUUUCUCAGGGUGACUUUUCUCAAAGAUAGUGCCUCAAAUAAAAAGGUCUUAACCUUAAAAUGGACUUUUACAUCAUCACGAAUGCCCAGCAUCUGUAGACACUGGAAAUGAAUCGAUUGUUUUCCACAAGUCAAAGCACUCGAAGGACAUUUCUGGAAAUGUCUGAGAAUUCAGGGAGGAACCUGUUGCAGAGCUAACAUGGAGAAUGGGAGGAAACCACAGUACCAAUAGAGCCACACAAGUCCAACUGCUGGAAGGCUCCAGCCUGGAUUCAAACCAGCAAGCUCACUUCAGAGGGACUCACUUACAGUGAUACUUCUAUGAACUGAAACGUCAGGAUGAAUUAGAUCUGACAGAAGUUUCAUUCUCGUACAGAAUCACGCUUCAAGUCUCUUUUAUUCCCCCCAAGUUUCAGUUCAGCUUUCAGGUGUAAUAGUUCAGGGAAAUUGACAGAGAUUAUUACAACACUCUGCAAAUCUUAAAUGUUUGCAAAGCAACAUAUUUAAUAUUUUCCCGUUUGGAUAAUGAUGCAUUCUUAUUCAGUGGCUUGAGGAUAAGGUUGUUUUUUUUAUCGUUUGUUUGUUCUUUGUUUAAAAAGACAUUUGCAACAACUUUAAUUGUUCUGGAUCUGUUUCUAUAGUUAUUAUUUUCUGUCUGCGCAAGAGUUAGAGACGCAGUGGUUUCAAGUGCUAUAUGUUCCACCAGCAGUUUGUUAUGUUUCUUGUUGAAUUUUAUGGUCUAUAUUUUAGGUUUAAUGUGUCAACAACACACGGCAUUUAUCACACAUAAAUAGGCCACAGGAACAGCCGUCGUAAAACUGUACGCCAUGUGUAGUGAUAUAUUUAAAAAAGGGGUACUAACAUGACCCAAAACCGCUGAAAAACUGCAAAAACUGCAUUUCACCCUGUGGUUUGCUGUGUGAUGGACAGAUAGCUGUUAAGCCAGUUAUAAAACUGUUUAGCUUUGCGAGCGAACUCGUAGUACUCUACAAAAAAUUUGGGGGCAUUAAAAAUCUUUAAAUAUGUAACCAUUAUACCGUACUUUUGGAAGGGUGCUAAAAUUAUUCUUCAGUAUGAUGAUUUUAGAAAUACAACUAGUGCAAUAAAGCCUGAGAUAGACCAGUCAUCAUACAUGUGUGACUGGAAUUACCUGAAGAAACGGAAAGCAUUGCAAAACUUGAAAUUCACAAAAAAAAUAAAGUGUAGCAAAAACUGAAGAUACUUAGAAAAACCUGAAAUCCCUGCUGAGUACAUUUAAAGCCCCAUGAUCUUUGCCAGUCUUUACAUUUAAUUGAUUGUAACUUUGUAACACAUUAUAUUAUUUAAUUUAGUUCAGUGUGUUACUUUUCUUAUUGUCUUGGAGCAGCUCUAACACCAUCAUUUUCUUAGGGAUUAUAAAGUAUCCCCCCUUUUUUUACUGCACCUUGUGUAACUAUAAUUAGUAAAUGAAAAGUCUUCACAGCCUUGUUUUUGGAGCAAUUUUCACUUUAAUGCUUGACAUGUUUAUGCAGCACUGUAAAUAAUAAAUGACUUGUAAUAAUUAUUAA